CUCUGAUAGGAUCGCUGCCUCACCGUUUCUAAGAGCCCAGGUAAUACGAUUCAAAGCAGGGCAGUGGGGCUGUGCUUGUUCAUCGACGUGCCGUCGCCAAGAGAGCCAAGUCUCCAACCACGAAGUACAAUUGGAGGACUACUCUCGACGUCACGAUGGCUUCAAUCAGGCUGGCUGUGUGCUGUACGAUCAGGCCUGCAGUCACCGGUCAGUGAUCCGCAGGCAGGCGAUAUUACUCUGUCAUAAUUCCCACCGCUCGCUUUUGAUCUCACAUAUAAGUUGGCACUCGCAGGACUCUUUUUCUUAACAACAUCAUACUACACCUCAUCUCAGCUUUACUUUGCACCAAAAUCAUACUCAUCACCGAAUUGUCACUGUUGGCAAAUCUUACGCAAACUCAAGUGCAAUCAACAACAACCUCAUUCCGCACACCCAACUCCACGAAUUUCACGUCCAACCACUCACGACUCUCAAUCAUGAAGUUCGCUGCAGCAACAACUCUGCUCUUCGCAACUCUCGCGCUCGCGAGUCCAGCACCCAUUGCUCAGCCAGAAGCACUCGCGCAACCCAUCGAGGUCAAGACAAACACCAACAUGGCACCUGAGAUCGAUGCACGAACACUCGAAGCCCGCAAGAAGCCCAAGAUACCCAAGACUAGCGACGGUAACAGCACGUCGAGUGCCAUCGUGUCCAUGACACCGAGUCGCGCUGUGCAACUUGGUGCGUUGGGCCUUGGCGUAGUAGAAGCCGUCAGACUGUGGACAUAGCUUGGACUCUAGGAGAUGAUGCAGGGGAAAUGCAGCUACACUGUAAAUUGGAGGAUGGGUUGUAACGUCUUCAUGUCUAUGUUUUUUUUCUGUUUCCAUCACGCGCGAUACCACCUUUGCGUCAGCUAUACUGUAACAUAAUGACGAAUUUAAAUGUCCACAC